GAAAAGAGAAGUAGAAAAACCAGAUCUGAAAAAUGUUCCCUUUUUGUCUUUAAUUUCAAUGCAUUUUCUCUUUUCAAAUUUUGCGGCAUCUUCUCCAAAUUCUUCCCUAAAAUUUUCCGUCAAUUUCUCGCCAUGAAACUUUCCCUUCUGGGUCUUUCUUUUUAGGACCCAAACUGUACCAAAGUUUUGUUUUUUACUAUUAUUUUUGGAUUAACUAUUCUAGUCCAACAUUCCAUUUCGAGUUUUUUUGAGGUUAAUUUUAUCUUUAGAAGAUACCCUUUUGUCCCUUCAUAAUAGCCUAUGAUCAAAGUUUGUUCCUUUAUCAACAAUUGCAUUGUUCCAUUCAAUUUGUUCUAGGGUACAGUUUGGUUAUGUUGGAAGGAAAUUCAUUUUAAAAUUCUGUUUUUUAUUAUAUUCGAAUUAAGGGAAAGGAAAUUUGCAACCAUAAUCUUAUUAUCAUGGUUCAUUUGUUAAACUAUGAUCCUUGUCCUUAUUUCACCAGAGCUUUUUGUCAAUACCCUUGUUAUUCUGAGGUUAAGAGAAGUGUUAGGUUUAAUGUUAAAGCAUGUUUUGAUAGUUGUAAUAAUAAUGGAAAUGAUAAUGUUAAUGCAAAAAGGGUGUUUUUGAAGGAGAAGAAAAAUGAAAAUUCUACUAAUGUUGAGCAUAGAUCACAAGGUGGAAGUCAUAAUAAACCUUUUUGUUUCCCUGAUUAUCAGUUUUCGCAGAAACUUGUAGUUGCUGUUGAUGUUGAUGAAGUAUUAGGAAACUUUGUGUCAGCUCUGAACAAGUUCAUAGCAGAUAGAUACUUGUCAAAUUAUUCAGUUUCUGAGUAUCAUGUGUACGAGUUCUUCAAGAUAUGGAACUGUUCACGAGACGAAGCUAAUAGUCGUGUCCAUGAGUUUUUCGAGACACCAUAUUUCAAGUCGGGGAUCCAACCUCUCCCUGGUGCUCAAAUGACCCUGCAGAAAUUAUCAAGAUUUUGCAACCUAUCAGUUGUAACAUCUCGGCAGAAUGCAAUCAAGGAUCAUACACUUGAGUGGAUAGAGAAUAACUUUUCAGGUUUGUUUGAUGAGAUUCACUUUGGAAACCAUUUCGCUCUUGAUGGAGGGUCAAGGCCAAAGUCAGAGAUUUGUAGGUCUUUAAAUGCGAAGGUUCUUAUUGACGAUAACCCAAGCUAUGCAAUCGAGUGUGCUGAAGCAGGUAUUAGAGUCUUACUUUUCGAUUACGAAAAUUCGUAUCCUUGGUCUAAGACUGAGUUUGCUGAGAAGCAUCCACUGGUGCAUAAAGUUGAGAAUUGGGAAGAAGUUGAACAAGAAUUGAUGUCAUUGAUAGUUUCGUAGUUACUAAAAAUCAUGGAUUUUGUGGAAAGAACUCUUUUUGAUGUACUAACCGGACUAUUGAGAUGUACUAGAGACGAACUAUUUGUCGUAAUAGUCUACAGCGAGGACGGAUUUGGAUUCCUGCUGCACGCAAAUACAGAUCUUGGCUGUUCGAUUUAAAAUCAACUGUCAAGAUUGUUAAGUUAGUUUGUUGAUGGUGUCAUCUGCUGCGUCUGUUGUUAAAUCAACGGCCGAGAUUGUCCGUAGCAUGUAAACUGCAUGUUAAAUCAUUAAAAGUGUGACUUGUCAGGA